AUGGAGGAUGACCUUGAUCAGACAGAACAUGAUGAGGAUAUGGGUGCAUUUGAGGAAGAUUCAGGAGAGCUGCGUAACGAUAAAGAUCAACCCCAUAGCUCAGCAGGCCCACCUGAACCACACAACCACUUGCCUACAUCAGCACCAGACUGGUGUGUAUGUGGAUAUUGUAGACCCAUGACACAGGAGAUAGAAAAUAAAUGCUGCAGACAAAAGAAUUGUAUUACACUAACCUCAAGGUUUGCUAAAAUAUGCUUAGACCCAGAUGUUUUGGAGUUAUGUAUUCGAAACACUGGGGACAUUCGCAACGAUCAGGAGGAUAAUAGUACCCGAGCAUUUAGAAAAGCUGGAUGCAGACAGUUUGUAUUAGCACCUCAUGGCCACCUCGGAAAGGGAAAUAGAAGAGUUUGCCCAUCUUGUGUUGUGUUAAAAAUACGGGGACGAUAUCCAUCUGUCACAGGAGUUUAUAUGGGCUUUAGGGAGCACUGA